AUUCAAUGUCCGCAUUGGAAUGCGACAUACUACUUUGUAAUGACUUAUUCUAUCAAUGAUUCAAUAUCCCUAAGGAGGUCUAUGACGAUUCGGUGGUAUUCAAAGUUAUCUAAAGUUCCCUACCUUUGGUACUCAUGACUGCGGAGUGGGACCAAUAGUCCGCCGUACCUCGGCCCCCUUAGUCUGGUGUUCACCCUUCAUCGUCCACAAGGUAGAUGCAUAUGAAAAGCAAACUCGCUGUAACCUAAUCCAUUUAAUAGCAAUUGCAUUUCCAUCCCAUCUACAUAAUGACCAGUAUCCUCUCCUACCUACCCCCUUUCGAGGGUCUUCUGCCCAAAUGGCUCGUCUUGGUCUCCGUCGUCUCUGCAAUCAACAGCCUCCAAUGCUACCGCUCGGACAGCUACGCCGCAGAGCUCUACAAUGCCAGAACCGCUGAUGGCCGCUCGUUCGUAACCCCUCUGUCCUCCCGCACCUUUGGCACCUGGACCUUCCUUUCGGCCGUCGUCCGGAUGUACGCGGCCUACAAUAUCACCACUCCCGCUGUAUACGACCUUGCAAUCUGGAGCUUUGGCCUUGCCCUUGUCCACUUUGUCGGCGAGUGGUUGGCUUUCGGUAGUGCGCAGCUCAAGGGGCGGUUCGUGAGCCCGUUGAUUGUUGCGUCGUCGACGUUGACCUGGAUGUUGACGCAGAGGGAAGCUUAUCUCUCUGCGUAGAGUCUAAAUGAGGUUCCUCGGUCUUGACGACAUUCUCAAUGGACAUGGAUAUCUCAUCUACAACUUUUUUGGGUUUGCUGUACUGUCUCGGCGGCUCGGUACUAAGCUGACCGAGGUCGAGACCGGAUCCGUCCUUCCCAAGACAGGAUAUGGGUAUUCCUAGCACUAACCUAAUUAUCUAUACAAAAGUUGGUUCCUCUGACUCGCCUCAUGCGUCCAUCUUCUUCCUGUACAAC